UUAUAAUAUAAAACAAAGCAGAGCUGUCUUGCUAGAAAAGAAAGCGGAGCUGCCCAAUCCAAACACUGAAAGAGAAGAGAGAAAGAUAGAAGAAAGAGAGAAGAGCGAAGAGAAUGUCAGGCAUGGAGAGGCUUCAGAGGAUGUUCGCUGGUGCCGGAGGAGGUUUGGGCCACCCACCUCCCGACUCGCCGACUCUCGAUUCUUCCGAGCAGGUUUACAUCUCCUCCCUCGCCCUCCUCAAGAUGCUGAAGCACGGAAGGGCGGGAGUUCCAAUGGAGGUUAUGGGAUUGAUGCUCGGAGAGUUUGUGGAUGAGUACACUGUACGUGUGGUCGAUGUGUUUGCUAUGCCGCAGAGUGGUACUGGUGUUAGUGUCGAAGCUGUUGAUCAUGUCUUCCAGACUAACAUGCUUGAUAUGCUUAAGCAGACUGGACGACCAGAGAUGGUUGUGGGGUGGUACCAUUCACAUCCUGGAUUUGGCUGCUGGCUAUCUGGUGUCGACAUUAAUACACAGCAGAGCUUUGAAGCAUUGAAUCAACGUGCUGUGGCUGUGGUGGUGGAUCCAAUUCAGAGUGUGAAGGGAAAGGUGGUCAUUGAUGCCUUCCGUCUUAUCAACCCACAAACUAUGAUGCUUGGCCAAGAACCACGCCAGACUACAUCUAAUCUUGGACAUCUUAAUAAGCCAUCCAUUCAAGCAUUGAUCCAUGGGUUAAACCGACAUUAUUACUCCAUAGCAAUUAAUUACAGGAAGAAUGAACUUGAGGAGAAAAUGUUGCUCAACCUUCACAAGAAGAAAUGGACUGAUGGGUUGACACUUAGGCGCUUUGAUAAUCAUUCAAAGACAAAUGAGCAAACUGUUGAGGAGAUGAAGAACUUGGCUGUCAAAUACAACAAAGCAGUCCAGGAAGAGGACGAGUUACCUCCAGAGAAGCUCGCGAUUGCAAACGUUGGAAGGCAGGAUGCCAAGAAGCACCUUGAAGAACAUGUCUCCAACCUGAUGUCCUCAAACAUAGUCCAGACCUUGGGAACAAUGCUUGAUACGGUUGUGUUCUAGAGAGUUCGAGGUCCAAGUCUGGAAACUGAGGUUGCAUUACUGUGUGAGUGGGGCCACUGAUAAUCUUUAUUGCUUUGAAACAGUGUUGGUAUGCAAGACUAGUUUUAGCUGAACUAAAAGAUCUCCAUGAAAGUUCAACCAUGUGGACAUAAAUUUACUUAUGGAUUGUGUUUUACAGUAAAUGAAUAUUCAACUACCACAAGAUUCUAUUCCAUCA